AUGGACAGCAACAACAGAAAGAAGGUGAAGUUUGACUGGCUACAGACAACACUCGGCUCGCCUACAAAGUUCCGCAAGAGCAAUGGUGGAACACCCAAGCCCACCCACUGGAGUGUGUCGCCCAGUGAUGUUUUGACUUCCCCUGAUCUGAACGUGUCGACAGGGUCGGCUGGCCUGGGAGAGCUGGAGGACAUCUGCCUAGACACACCCAAGAGAAAGGAGGUCACCUCGCCAGACGACCCCAGUGGGAUCAAACCCAGUGGGAGCGACCUCUUCACAGGCAAAAUCAAAGGGCUCAGGAAGCUCUCCAGAAAAUGUCUGAAAGAUCUCACUCCCUCCGAGUCCAAGGUAAAUCAUGACUGUGGACUCUGCUAAGCAGUUCAGUGCACGGACCAUUUCUCUGUUCUAGUUCUCCCAAAUGUCCUCUUUCUUUGCCUCCUCUCCUACAUGAACGCAGAUGGCCAGUGUUACAUGUCAUUUACUGGUGUUUGCUUCCAUUGGAUACAUCUUUGUCAAUUUUGUUUUUCCUUAGGCAGUUCUCAUCGACACAACAUCCCAGUCAGAAAACCGUGUCUCCUUACCUACACCUUUAGCGUGUGGUCUGAAGAGGAAAGACCGGACUCCACAGGAGGGGUCGAAGGCCAUCUACCUGAAGGCUUUGACCGCCGCAAUCAGGGGAGGAGGAGAGAAGCAGUCCCCGGCCAAAGUGACCGCCAAGAAAAGCCCUUCUCUCGCCAAGAAGAAGUCCACAAAAAAGAAGCAGUCUUUGGACACGGCCAAUGACGACAUGCUCAGAUUGGAACCAGACGACUGUGCGGCUCUCGAUUUGGACUGCUGCUCAGCCCAGUCAGAGAGCGAGUCAGAGGACAUGACUCCUGUCGAGGGCGUAGAGUACUAUUUCCGCCCAAUGGUGUUUGUGGAAACAGGGACACAGGAUGAGAACGCUGGUCUCAAAAAAGACACAAGGGUGAGUCACAGGAAAAAAGGUUCCAAAGAUUGGUUAGCAGGAAUUUACAUGUUUAGUAUGGAUAAUUGGUUGUGGGGGUUCAAUUAAGAUGAAUAUUUUGUUCCUGAUCUCUAUUGAAUAAUAUAGUCUGUCUCCUAUCUCCCUAUUCUCUCCUUUUACAUCUCAGAGUGUGGUGCUGAAAGGGGAUGACUCCCCUGAUUGGUCAGAUGUUGAGGACCCUGUGGUGGUGGAGACCUUCUCCCAGGAGGAGUCUCCAUCGCAUUCCACUGCCAAGGUGGAGCCCAAGAGAGAGGUCGGCAGCAGUGACUCCUCCUUACCUGCUCUGGACUACGUUCCUAACUCUCUACCUUACUUCAUGAAGCCUCAAACAUACCCCUCAGACACCUGGAAACUCAACUUUCCUGCUGUGAAUGCUCAGAGUGGUAGCAUUACAACGCCCUCUCUCACCUCCCCCUCUACAAACGGACUGAAUGGUGCUGUUCAGCCACCCAGUGAGAGCCCAGCUCAGCCCUUCCCUCAGUCAUGGAGGACGGUGUUCAUUUCCUCCAAGCAAAUCCCCCCAGAGAAGCCAAACAGUGCACAGCUGCCUCUCCCCGGGACACCCAGGACUGGCAUGGGGGGCAUUGGAGCCCCGCGCGCCCCCAGCAGUGUGUCCUCCUCCCCGGACCCAUUUGCUCUGUGGCAACCUGCAAUACUCUCCAGCAAUGUUUCGCCUGCUACACACAAAAUCCACCCCCUGUUCUCCAGCCCCUAUCGCCCCUGUGAACAGACCUCCCAAAGGUACUCUGACGGCGGCCCCUCCUUGCCCUUUUCCCCCUCCUCCCCCUCCAGGUGCUAUGAAAACAUCACCUCCACCAGGACAAUGUCAGUGGGGGUGGAGCCUAUCUGGACAUGUAACCCCUCCCAGCGGAGGGCCAGCCAACAUGGCUUCGUGGACACCCACUGCCACCUGGACAUGCUGUGGGGCAAGCUGGGCUUCCGGGGCACCUUUGCCCGCUUCCGCAGCCUGCACCAGAGCAGCUUCCCGACAGAUUUUCACGGCUGCAUCGCCGACUUCUGCAACCCUCGGAUCAUGGUGCGGGAGGUGCUGUGGGAAGGGCUGCUGGCGGAGGAGCUGGUCUGGGGGGCUUUCGGGUGCCACCCCCACUUCGCCAAGGAGUACUCUGAGGUCCACGAGCGCAGCAUUCUAAUGGCCAUGCGACACCCGAAAGCUAUAGCCUUCGGAGAGAUUGGCCUGGACUACUCCCACAAGAACUCCACCAACACAUCCAGGCAGAAAGAGGUACGGUCAGGGCUUCAUUUUCCCCCUCAUUCAACUGACCCAUUGAAGUAGUUAAUAAGCUGCUGCUUGGUUGAGGUAGUGAUGGUGUUGUUUGGCACCCCCUGUAGGUGUUUGAACGUCAGCUGAAAUUGGCUGUGGCUAUGAACAAGCCUCUGGUGAUCCACUGCAGGGACGCAGACGAUGACCUGCUGCUGAUCAUGAAGAAGUGUGUGCCCCGGGACUAUAAAAUCCACAGGUCAGUGUCUGCAUGUGUGUGUGUGUCUCAGUGAUACUGUUCAUGGGAAAUUCCACAGUAACAGAAUUACAAUUUGACGCAGUUUUUUCACUUUAAAAUGUAUGCCAAACAAAAACCAUUGAUUUCAAAGUUUAACAAUCCAUACUCUAUAGACGGGUUAGCAUCACGAAAACGAUGCGCACGCUUCAAUGGGGCAGAAGUCUGCGUGUUGUUGUGAUUCUGGAUGGCCAGAUAGCUAGCAACAAUGACAAGAAGCUGCCAUGUGGGGAAUUGUAGGGUGCUCGUUUCAGCUUGUUUUCUUGUUCUUGAUACCAUGUCUUGUUGUGACUGAUGUCACGUCUAUGCUAAUAUGGCAAAAAUUCACUAGCUAGCUAACCAACAACUGUAACGAUGUAUUUGACAGACAACAAGUGCUCAUUGUGCAAAUGUAUUUAUGUUUUCAAUAAACAUUGGAGACUAAAUAUAGUUUACAUGUUGUCAACAAUCUAAGCCAACCACGUCUGUUUUGCCCCAUAGUUGCACACGCGUCGGUUUUGUUGCUAAACAACCAACCCGUCUAUGCACAAGGACUGCUUUGAACAACUUCCACAGAAAAAUUUACAAAAACGAAUUUAGUGGAAGAACUUUGCAAACAGAAUUAUGGUAAAAUCUCCCUCAGGUUUGUAUGCGACCACAUUUUUCCAAAAAAUAUCUGCUCCGAAUUAAGAUUCCAAGAUGUCUGCAGAAAGAAUGCGGUGUCAGCUAUGACUUACUGUAAUUCAAAAACAGAAGUGAAGUGGAUUUACACCCAGUAACAUAAUUACAUAAUGGGUCCCUGAUCUGUACUACACAGAAAAGCAUAAAUAUGCAUAUGAAUGUCAUUGUCCAUGUUUCACAAGUUUGGACAUCACAGUAGAGUGGAGUACAGUAUAGUUCAGUAGAGUACAUUACAAUAUACUGUACUGUACUCUACUUUCCUUUACUGUAUUGUACUAAUGUAUUGGAUUGUACUCUACUGUGCUCUCACUGUACUGUGCUAUCCAAACUUGUGAAACAUAUCUAUGAUAGGUUUGGAUUUGGUCCAGUCCGUUCCAUCUGUGGACGUUAACAUCAACGCCAGAGUGGACUGACCAAAUUUCAACUACUUUUCAACGUCCAUGGACGUCCGGUGUCGGUCAGUGCUCAGGGGGUGGGCUGCUGGUUACAGUAAACUGAAAAAGAGGGGGCUCAUUGGUAGGUGUCGGUAAGAGCUGGGAGAGGUGACAUUAUCUGGAGAGUGAGAAAGGCGGGGAGAUGGAGUGGUUGUCCAGACUCAGGCUGUUUUAACACUUGGUUUGACCACCAGAUGAAAGAGAAAGAAAACAGUUAUCAGCUGAACAUAAGUGUGACAGUGGAAGGGAGGAGAGUAGCAGGUGACCCAACUGUGGGUUGUGACUUAUGAUUUCCUGUUGUAGCCAGUUCAGUUGCUGUAAUUCCAUUACUGAUGUUUUGGUAAUUCCGUUACUAAUUUUGUAACAGAAUGACGAGUUUUAAUCACAUAAUAAUUCAUAAGAAAAAUUGAUAUCAGUAAAAUCACUAUAACUAAUUGGUACGUCUACCAUUACUUGUUAAGUCUGUGAACUUUUAUUAUCUUCACUCCACAUGAGGGAGAGAAAUUAGAAAAGAUCUUAAAGGGAUUCUCCAGUACUUUUGUAUACUUUUUAGCCAGUAGUUCUGAAAGUAGCGCCCACGAGCCAAAGGUGGUCCCCGAAAAAAAAACAUGUGCACCAUGUCAUUGCUCUCUUUCUCGCUCUGUGUGUGAUUUUUGCUAGCUGUCACUCAAAUGGCGAGGGGCUGGAACUCAAAUUGCUAGGGGGUUGGCCCACGUGGGCGGAAAUGUAGGGGAAAUGGCGCAACACAGCUGCCAGAAAACAGUCGCUUUCAAUCUAGGGAUUUCAUGGCUAAUUGAGGUAAGUCAGUAAUUCUGCUAAUAGAUUAUGCAUGUAUGAACUACACAUUGAAACAUUCAGCCUAAAGCGGGAGGUUUAAAAACAAAUACUUACUAGUCGCCAAACUACCGGAGUAUGUCUUUAAAGAUAUGUGUGUUUUUGGUGACAGAAUUACAAGGCACAAGGCAAUGUUUCUUAAACUUACAUUUGUCUUUCUUUUCCACAGACACUGUUUCACCAACAGUUACCCGGUGAUCGAGCCCUUCCUGAAGGAGUUUCCCAACCUGUGUGUGGGCUUCACGGCCCUCAUCACCUACCCCAGGGCACACAAGGCCCGUGAUGCCAUCCGCAAGAUCCCCCUCGACCGCAUCCUCCUGGAGACAGAUGCACCCUAUUUCCUGCCCCGACAGGUACACACAAACAACACACGACAACACAACACACAUUUGGGAGGGUAGUUCGAUGGGCACCGAUUCACAAGCUAGAGGUAUACAGAUGAAAGUUGAAGGUUGACAGUGCAUGUAUGUAAAUCGUUUCUGUUCUCUGUGUAACGGUAGGUUAGUAAAGAUGUCUGUAGGUUUUCCCACCCAGGCAUGGGUAUUCACACGCUGCGUGAGAUCAGCCUUCUGAAGGGAGAGAGCAUCACCACGGUGCUCACCACGAUCCGACGCAACACCACCCAGCUAUACGGCAUAUGA